GAAGAAAGGACAGAGGACCAACUCCGAGAAAAAGACAAGCAAGUGAGGGAGAAUGAUGAGCAACUGAGGAGAACAGAAGAGCAACUGAGAGUGAAAGGUGAGCAGCUUGAAAUAAAUGAGAAGCAACUGCGAGAAAAAGGCAAGCAAGUGAGGGAGAAAGAUGAGCAAUUGAGGGAGAAAGAUGUGCAAUUGAGAGAGACAGAGGAGCAACUGAGAGUGAAAGAGAAGCACCUUAAAAUAAACGAGAAGCAACUGCAAGAAAAAGGCAAGCUUGUGAUGGAGAAAGAUGAGCAACUGAGGAGGACACAAGAGCAACUGAGAGUGAAAGAGGAGCAAAAACAGAGUUUGCAAAGACAAUUGAGCAUUUUGGAAGGUGAUAAAACGAGAGAAAGCGCUAAAUUCCAAGAACAAUUAAAUAUCAAGGUGCAAGAACUGACCGACUUACGAAAAGAGUUGAGAGAUCGUGAACAAGAUAACGUUGUACUCGAAAAAGACCUCUUCGCAGCUAAAGAAAAAUUAACUGAAUAUGAAAGUAAGUUAAAGACACGUGACUGGGUCCUUUGCCGAGAUGAACUUCAGUUAAGUGAUGAAAGUCUUGGAGUGGGGUCGUUUGGACGAGUUGUGAAAGGUAGAUAUUGUGGCUGUGUGGUGGCUAUAAAACGGCUUCAUCUACCAACUCUUAAUCAGCGACAGCGCCAUUUGUUUGAACGGGAAAUGGAUAUAGCCUCAAGAUGCCGUCAUCCAUGUUUGUUACAGUUCAUCGGAGCUACCGAAGACGAAAGUCCUUUGUUUGUUACAGAAAUCAUGGAGACAAGUUUACAAAACUUGUUACAAAAGCGGAAGCAAAAGAAUCGACACCUCACCGAGACUGAUAUCAUUUUUAUAUCUUUGGAUGUUGCUCGAGCCCUAAACUACCUUCAUCAACGAAAACCUGAACCAAUUGUACAUCGUGAUGUGAGUAGCGCUAAUGUGUUGCUGUGGAAACAGAAUAACCAGUGGAGAGGCAAACUGGGAGAUUAUGGAACUGCGAAAUUUCUUCAAGAAACUAUGACAGUUGCUCCUGGAGCUAUGAUUUACGCCGCGCCUGAAAUAGGUUGUCCUUUCAAGCAAACAGUGAAGGUAAGUCUACUAUAUGGAAUCAGUUUGUAAAGGUUAAUGAUUUUCCUUAAAUCCAGUGUAGAUUGAGAAAUGGCCUCAAUAUGAACAACACUAAUAUCUAUUCCAACUUCUCAUGUAGUUACAAAUUCCAUUGACUCAUACGUCAAACCACAACGAUUUGGCAGCCUUUGAAAAAUACGAAUAGUUUUUGUGACCCUUUCUUUCUUAUAAGACGAUAAAUUUGUGAAAGCUGUUCAGUAACGAUUUUGUAGCCAGAAACGUAUUGUUAAAAAUAGGCCCUAUUGACAAUUACUACCGUUCAAAAUUAUAGGAAUAAAAUAAUGCAAAUUUUUACAAUGCGCUAUAACUUAGAAUUUCGCAAAUUGACUUUCUACUGCCUAACUGAGAAAAUCGAUACAAAUCUCUGGGCAAACGAUUUAAUAAGCCCGCAAGACGUCUAGUUCAACCCUAAUUUUGCGAAAAAUCGCGACAUUCCAGGGGUUAAAAAAAGUGUGACACGGCCCGUCACGCCAGUGUUACCGAUACAUACGCUUUAAACAAUUUACUUAAAGGCAGAUUAAAAGCCUAUUCGAAAUUUAAUCUUUCAGUAAAACUAUUAUUCUCAUUGAUUGCAGCAUUUUCUUCAGAUACAACAUAUAGCGUCCCUGUGAUAGCGUCACACAUUUUCAUGUUAAGUUUCAGACUGGCGAUUUCCGCUAAAAAAUGGUAUAUAAACAGAACAAAAUCUAAAAACUAAAACUGAUUACUGAAUGAAUUUUUGCAUUGAGAGAUAUUUACGAAUUAAAUCAUCGCCAGUCAAUGCCAUUUGGUUUAUAAAAACUAAUUUCCUUGAAGCAGUUAAAUAUUUUCGACUAAGUAUGGGUGCAAUUGUUCUUUUCAAAGUUUUUCGACCCUUGCGUGCUCUCUAAACUGAAAAAAAGCUACGUGGAUGCCGAAGAGGAGCCUAUAUACUCGUAUGACAACGUGUAUGAAUCAUGAAGCUACGGCAUGACUGUCUAUAUGACCCAUUAAAACAAACUAAGAAGACACUUUGGUGCUUUGUCAGGCUUACCAUUAACUCAGUUUCGGGUUGCUUUCGACGUUUCAGUGGAAAAUUCCUGAAACAAACGGAACGUCUGAAAAGGCACUCAUCUAUUUUCCUGGUUGGAAAAUGUCUUCAAACCUUUUUUGAUGAUUAGUUUUAGGCUUUCGCGGCCGUUUUUCAUUAAACGAAACUAACUUAGGCAAAUGGUAAACGCGAUUACCGAACGGAAUCAAAAUUUUCUGCUCACCAUUUGCCCAAACCGCGAAGCGACCGGUUUACCAAUGUAAAUGGUAGAAAAGUCUUGUGUCCAAAAGCCUGCGAUACAGCUUCCUCUCAUCGCUAUCUGCCGCUAGGGACAUUUCGUCAAAGAGCGGUGAGAGGCAGCUGUAUCGCAGACUAUGCAUCAUAGAUCUGAAGUACCUUGAGGGGCCUUGUUAAGUGCACAGUAGAUCGUAGCAAUGGCAGAUCGUUGCAAUAUCCCUGAUAUCUCUAAUUACUUCUUAAGAGACACCAACAGAGAACUCGCUAUUCCUUUACUCCAGACAAAUGUUAAGAAAAUUAGUUUUUCUGGAGCAGUUCUUUGGAUUAGCCUUCCUAUAUAUUGACCAGCAGCAGGCGAAGUCUCUUGGGGUUUUGAGGGCUGGCGGCAGACAAUUAGCAGACUAAGGCUCUCAGUUGUAUUCUGUUUUGUGACAAAGACAAAGGUAAGGUUUUAGAGGCCUUCUUUGGCGUCUAAGUUUCAUAGACUAAGGCUACGGAGGAUGAGGAAAGUCCUCAAGACUGUCCUUCCCAUUUAGGUGUUCCCAUUCGUUCGUUACAAGAUUCUUCUCAGGUUUGGCUUAGUAUUAUACUCUAUUUGUUUCCCUAUUUUUACUGUUAUUUUUUUUCGGCGAAAAAGACGAUGCUCUCUUUCCAAACGCUGUUGAAAGGAUAUUUCAGUCUUUUAACCUGUUAUCUGCAGUUCAGUAUUUCAGCCAAAGUUUCCAUGACACUAAAACGUCAAUCAGUGCAAAGUCUUUCAGACCACAAACCGUUUUUUUUGCGUAAGCCAAGAACGCGGAAUAGUCGAACGGAUGAUCUGGAGCAAAACAAAAUGGUCGUUCCCUCUUGUCUGGAGCAAAUGGGGGGCAGGGUGGGAGGAGUGAGUGAGACUGGGAGAGAAGCGAAAACUACGUCUAAAAAAUAAGAUAGAAACUGACAAAGAAAAAAUAAAAGAAAGAAAACAAGAAAGAAAAAAAUGACAGUUUCGCAGUCUAAAAGCAGUUGAGAAUUUAGUACUACCAAAUCCAUUCCUGCUGAUCACUAACAAAGCGCCAAAAGUGCUCGACGCUCAAGUUGAAUAUAUACCAUAAAAAUUUGGAAAUGAAGGACGUAGUUAACCUGAAACAGGCCUUCAGAUAGUUGGGAAAACACAAAGAAAAGUGAGCUAGAAAAAAUGGCGAAGGAGCGGGGUUAGGGAGAGACGGACGAAAGGUCCUCCUACUCUCUCCCUCUUACUCUCUUAAACCUUUGUUUUCCUCCGUUCCCCAUUUCGUGCCACUGUCCAGUAUCCACCAUCCACUAUCCACUGUCCACUACGCCUGGAAUAGGCUAGUUCAUAGUGGGCCAGAGCGUUUUUUCCAAUGCCGAUGCAAGGAUCUAUAGAUGUCCAUUUAGGAGCAUUUGACAUUUUUAAAAGCUCAUACUCACGCUGCAACUAUUCCUGCUUUAGCAUUAGUAAAACGCCACUUUUUUUUCUAUUUUCCAUUUUGCUGUAGAGAAAAGUUUUUGGCGAUUUGGUUUUGAUGAUGGUGUUUCAUCGUCGAUCGAAACGAGUUAAAUGUUUUCUGAAACGUUCGUUACAAUGUAACUUUAUAAGCGUGAUAAUAAUAAAUCGAAACGUACAUGUAUACUGAUACAUAAUUACUUAAAAGAGAAAACUCGCAAGAAAAAAAAAGUGUUCUAAUUAGUUAAUAUUGGUUGUCCCCGUCUUAAAUUUAAUGUAUCUGUGCCUUUUGAGGGAUGCUUAAAUUAAUAAAACACACCACUGUACUUGUUUAAAGUCUGUUUUCGUUGGGCUCGGUCGUCGACGUCUUGCCGACGUCGAUCAAAAAAACCGACUUUUGGGCAACUGCAUCCAAACAAACUGACUCUUCUAAAUAAGAUAAGUGUAUUGAAAGAUGUAAUAUGGAUUGAGUGCUGGAAUUUGGCACGUGAUCAGCGUUGAAUAGAAUGUUGAAAGUGUAUCUGUAGUUAACACCGCUGGCGUGACGGGCCGUGUCACACUAUUUUAACCCUAUAAUUUUGAACGGUAGAAAUUGUCAAUAGGGCCUAUUUUAACAAUAUCUUUUUGGCCACAAAUUUAGUACAGCUUUCACAAAUUUAUCGUCUUAUAAGAAAGAAAGGGUCACAAAAACUAUUCGUGUUUUUCAAAGGCUUCCAAAUCGUUGUGGUUUGAUGUACGAGUCAAUGAAAUUUGUGUAAAAUUUCGUUUUACCGGAAGUGGAUUAUGAGCUCCGAACGGGCAAAAUGAGUUUUCUCGAAUUUUAGCAAAAGAACACGUUAUUUGGGAAAACUAUCUACAGCAUGUUUCAUUACUCGUUAAGGGUUAUCGAUGAGCCAAAAAUGAGCGGAAUUCGAAUUUUGAACUUGUGCCACAAAAAAACGAUUUUGGUUGAUAUUUACAGACAGUCGCUCUUAAAGAGCAAUUGGAGGAGGGUUGUGAAAAUGUACAUUUGUUUUGCUUCUAUUAUUUUCCCCCUCCUAUUUUUUAGUAAAAUUAUCUAAUGCAGUGUUGUUAUUCUUUAUUGUGGAAAGGAAAAAUGAGAAAUGAUAGCGGAGCGCGCGCAGCGGAGCACAAUGGGUAACAAAAUUAGAGACCUUAAGAUACCCCGAAAUCGGUGUACGGGUAACGGGUAGCGCCAUGUUUUUUUCAUUUUGUGGUGACGUUAUCGACAUUACCCGGUAGAACCAGCCGUGUUUCCGGGGUAGACACCAGUUUACCCGUAGAAGAUUUACGAGUAGCUGCAAGUCCUACAUGAUGGAGAAACGAGUAAGUUUUUAGGACUUUUUAAGUACAAAUGUAAAUUGUAUGACUCCUUGGCAAAGUUAUUGCAAGUCUGUUCAAAUAUUUUUGCCAAAUUUGAAUUUUAGCUGUAAAGAAAGCGCUUCAAAAUGUAUUGAUUUUGGACCUCAAAUGAGCAGGUUGAACUCUGAAACAAUAUCAAUUUGUGGCGGUAUUUGGGGGGAUUUCUGAGAAUUGCUCGAACGUUUGAGUUUCGCAAAAGAAAUAGCAUUGAAAAAUUUAGCAUGGGAGUCACUGUUCAAAUUGACAAUCAAAGGAGUUGUUUGGUGAUGUGCCUCGAUCAAAUGGCGGGGUUUGCGAUAACAAGCUUUCGGUCGAGGGACUUCCCGCCAAGUUUCUUAAAAUCUUUCUAUGAUAUUUCAAUAAGCUUAUGUAGUCCUAUGUAUGAACGAAUUAUUUGUUGCAGCUUGUUGUUAAGAUUUGAGGGAGAUUUUGUAUGCAUUAAGCGACAUGCAUGUACAAAGUUAAUUUUGCGUGCUUGUUCUUCGGGUAUCUUAAUCGAAAUAGUCACGCACAUGAACAUUUUACGUGUACGGGUAGACUACCCGUACCCGUACCCGUACACCGAUAUCGGGGUAUCUUAAGGUCUCUAAUUUGGUAAACUAUCCAUCCGAGAAAAGUUGGUCAUGACGUAGCGUACGCCCGCCCGCCCGUACACACACCUCAUGUAAGCCGAUGUCAAAUGUCACAAUAGAUCUUGCACAACUUGACUAGCCUUUCAGUUUUGUAAGCCAUCCGUAUGGGUACGAUUAGAUUGACAGCUGUCAAAAUCAGACAUCCGUUGACAAUUAUCACAUGACCAUCUCGCGGGCUCUGAUGAAAGACCAGUCGUUUUGCCCCUACAUAUAAGCUGAUAUAAAAUGUCACGCUUACCAAUUCAACGUAAAAACAAAACUACGCCGGGCAGGGCUGUCAGUCGGCUGACAGUCGUUUAAAGUUAUAUUGGCAAGCCAAAUUAACAGCUGUCAAAAUAGGGACAUGAGCAGACCACUAUCAGAAAACUAAUAACGUGGGCUCAGGUUCGCUCAGGUACACGAUCUGGCAUUUUCCAGUACAAGCCGGACGGAUAUGUCUUACUCACACUGGUAGUCUGUUAACUCGAAUAUUCGCCAUUCUAAUGAAAGCUAAUUGACAGCUGUCAAACUAGAGUAUACGCUGACUAUCAUCACCUGACUGUAUCGCGGGCUCAUUUUUCUAUCCAUUGAGGUCACGUAGUUUGUAAAGUUUUCCGCUGAUAUUUUAUUUGAUCACGGGCUCAAUUCGAAGCUCCAUAGCUUAGAAAAUCUAUCCAUCCUAGAAAAUUCGGUAAUCACGUGACCGUAUACCGACCACCCGACCUUCCGUCCGUCCGCACCACAGGCAUACCAAUGUUCAAUCUCACACUUUUUAGCUAGUAUGGGAGCCUGCAACCUGAUAUUGUAUACCCAUGUUUUGAUUAAUUGACAGCUGUCAAAAUAGUGUUUCUGCUGACCAGUAUCGACUGACCGUAUCGCGGGCUCAGGUAUCGACCCACUGAGUUCGAAUGUUUUUUUAAGUUAUCCGCUGACAAGUUGCUACUUUUCAAAUGAUCGCAGGCUCAAGUUCAAUUUUUUUAAAAUGCAUAUGAAAGAAGUCGUGUUCAUGAGCCGCACUUUUAAAAUUUUGAUUUCGAACUGACCUUGGACGCGAAAAUUCAACCGGCUUUUACAUGCAGGGAAGGCAAUCGCCUUUGACUUUUCUCACUGUCACGCGUUGAUCACGCUCUACGACCAAUUUUUAUGUUCUAAUUGGUCAAAAUUUGACAGGUGAGUUCAUGCGGAAAAUUUAUGCAGCGUCUCGAAACUUGCUUACUGAUAGCUGAAGCUGACAGAGUUUUGUGUCAUCUUGGGAUGUUUUAAACUGUCUUUUUCUUCUUGAUGUACAAAAUGAAAUACAGCUGCUAUCAAGAUUGUUCUGUAGUUCAUGGCUGGUUUGUUUAUUGCGCUUUUUGUUGACAAAUGUACCGUUUGUCAAAGUCAUUGGAAAUCCGAUUUCGGAUGACAUCGUUUUCAAAAAUGAGCUUACUCACUUGCCCUUGCUUGAAGCAGCAUCUCGACUGGUAAGCCUGAGCAAUUAUUGUCUUUGAUGUGUUUUUUUUUUUUUUCGGUUUCCUGAAGUGGAGAGUAUGGUUUAUGCGGCUUUAGUUUAUACACGAGCAAUGAUCUAACCUACAAUAGUAUCAAGUUUAAAAAGCCUUUAGACGUUUUUUGACCGCAAAUUCAAAGAAUAUAUAGAUAUGAUCUUGGCUGUAAACGGAAAGCUCUGAGCGAUUUUCUUACCUUGAGUUCAUCUUGAAAAAGAGCAAACACCGGGUAGCCGGCUUAAAACAUAAAUAAGCUUAUGCUUACCUGACUCAUGAUUUUCAAAGACACUUUACUCUCAAUACUUGUCUUCGUGAAUGAAACUUAUUGUCUCUUUACAUGUUUCACCGAAUUAUAUUUAUUUUAUUGAUUGUUAGUAGUCCCUCUCGCAAUUUUUAUCGCUGCGCCGGUUGUUUCCAGUCGAACAUAAACAUCGCAUACAGGAAUACUCAAAACGCCGCGCGUAAAAAGCUCGCUUUGAAAGAUUACACGUAACAAAUCGUAAACAGUUUUAUAAAUAAAGGGAAAUAAAAACUAAACAUAACAAAUUCUCUAUUAAUCUAUUAAUCGGCACUGCAAAUUUGGUGCCUGUCAAAAGUGAGAACCCGUCCGGCUGGCCGAAAAGGUGGUUUUGGGAAUUUUUUUUCCCUAAAAGCCCAUAAUUAUUACCCUGCAUAUAAUAUAGGACCAGAUUUUUCUUACUGAAAAGUCCCGGCAUUAUGGACUUCUCUCCAUGAAAACGUUUUAUAAUGUGGUCAAUGCUAUAAUUUGUUGUGCAAAGGAAGCGCGUGCUUUGAUCUUCCUAGAUAUUGAAUGAGUGCAAUUUAUCUUGCAAAAUUGUGAAAAACUGCAGAAUUAUAGGUUUAAAUAGGGCAAAAAAGAACAAAAUUCUGUCCGAGGUCCGUAUGAUAAAAAAAGGGCCUCAUAGAUGAGAAAAAGUAUGUUUAAAAGGCUGGUUUACACGCCACUAGAUUCGUCGCCAAGAUUUACUUGUAAAGUAAACUUGGCCUCCUGUUUAGACAGAGGAAUGCAACGUGUAAAUUGGCUGCCACCAAGAUUCGGGGUUAUCCAAUCAUCCAUGGUCUCUCAAACGGAGCAACAGCUAAUGCAAAUACAAUACACGAAUAGGUCUAUUUGUUUUCCAGGCCUAAUUUACUGUGAUCGAACAUGAUUGCUAUUUUUGGGUGUACAAAUAAGACUAUUAUCUCGAUGUAAAUUUGUUUCACUCUUGGACUGUCAAAUUAUUUUUCUCUAAAAUCACUUAGCCUUUGCCUCAAAAGUCACAUGAAUGUGCCCUGAUCUGUGGACUACAAGUUUAUUGUUUGAUUUAAAUUGUGAAUUUUUUAACGGGAGCUUCGCUUUUAGCCCUGGCUAGAUCUAUAUAUUACCUUUUUAGGAUCCCGGUAUUGGAAUUUAGCAGCUUUUGCCUCGGAGGCUUCAAGCAAAAUAAACUUCACUGCACUUCACUGUUCGUGGUGAAGUAUCGGCUGUCUCCUGAAGAAGCAUUUUCAAGACCAUCGACUGGCCUACAUUAGAGAGAAUUAGAGUGAACGCCUAUGGCAAAAGGCAAACGUAAGAUUUAAGCUGCGAAUUUCUCAAAGGGAACAGAUAAAAACAGUCUAAAACAAUUUUUUAUGGAUAAAAGUAACGUAAAAAAGUACCAAUUUUUGUGUUAAAGUUGACUUAAAGUAAUGAACAAUAGAAGACAAGUGAAUGGAAAACUUUGUCACCUGACCAACUUGGUCACCUGAUACGAAUUCACGUUUGCCGUUUUCUCGUGUUCCCACCCUCAAGAGAGAUAGUGAGGAAGUGAAGGUUUCAUUUUGUGUUGUAGCGUAACAGGAACAGAGAGCAAUAUUUAUGCCUUUCUUAAAACGCGAUCAUCCAAGGUGAACUGAUAUUCUUUAAUUCCAGUAAUUUGUUUUGUUGGCUUAGAUUGAUGUUUUCAGUUUUGGAGUUCUGUUCUGUGAAAUGUGCACCGGACAACUGCCAGAACCUGAAAGGCGCGAGGAGCAAGUGAGACUGGUGACUAACAAGAACUUUGGAAAGCUGAUACUGUGGUGUAUUGAAGAUGAUCCAGACAUGAGACCCAGCAUGGAAGAGAUCAUUGAGGAGCUGGAGCAGUUAAAUAGUGACAAUAAUUAUGAAAGAACGACGUAGCAGUAAGAAAUUCAAUGCGGAAAACUCGGUACACGCUAACUUUAUGAUGUUUCCAUCACAUUACUUUACGGCAACUUUUGACAGAUAUGGUCAAGGUAUAAGCCAGAAAUGAUUAUUACAACGGUUAUUACAGUAGGGACCUUGCGAUCUGAGUCCGGUGACACAAGUGAAACUUCACUGGAAAACUAAGUUCGCGUCCGGCUUUUAAAAAUUUUGUGAUUAUUUCAAGUCGUUUAGUCUUUUAAUAAGAUACAAUAAAAUUAAAUUGGUCGCCUUGUCGUUCACGUUCUCAAGAGAACUUUAAAUUUGGCCUUUUCACGUAGUAGUUGUGUAGGGACCUCAAAGAAAUUGACAGAAAAGCUUAUGCAGAUGCAUACAGAGUAGCUGUUUAAUCUUUGCCCCGUCGCCGUCGUCGUAGCUUUGUAAGGUUCCCAUUACUUUGUAAGAUCGGAAUAGCUUGAUCAAUGUUAUACAAGCCGUAUUUUUUUCCUGUACAGAUUGAGUCUGAGAAAACAGACGAAUUUGCUAUGCCACUACUAGUUUCCCCGCGAAUGACAACUGAGGAACGAGCGCAGAAAUACGCACGUCAACCGGAAGUGGACUUUUUGCACUCUUCGGCCGUGAUUUUAAACAAACCUUUGGGCAAAUCGUCUCUAUAAGAGUAAAGCCACUUAGCCAUACAAAUAUGGUGGCGUAUGGUUGACGUGCGUUGCUCAAACACAUUGCUGCUUAAGCUCUCCAAUGUCAUACUGCUGACGUUUCACUACCCAGAUCUGGGUAAUAAUUCUGAUUGGUCGUGCUGCGAGGUCACUUCAACCAAUCAGAAGCACUGCUCAGUGUGGAGUUUCUGCGCUCGUUUCUCAGACGUCAUUUCUCGGGGAAACCAAUGGCGGCGUCGCAAAACGUCGGCUGUUUUCUCAGGUUUUGUACGGAUCUACACUGUACCUGAUAGAUAUAUUUAUAGUUUAAAAUACAAUUUACAUGUUCAUUAAAGUAUUUGUUGUUAAGAAUACAGUUUACAGAGUAGUUAUUGAUUGAGGUAUUUGCAGUGUAAAGAUAAUUGAAGUUAAAGUGCCCAUAACGAAUUUUUUUUCUUGUCUCAUCCGAAUUUACAGAUCAAGCAAUGAUGUUCCGCUAAGAAAUUUGUUGAUUCUGACGAAACCCGAUUUUCUUAAUGAUUUUUUUAACUCCUUGAAAUUUGCCGCCAUUUUGUUCCACCAUUCGCAUUAGUCUCCUCACGGUCGGACCGGAGCAGUGACGUAGUCGUGACGUAGGUUUAGGAACUCUUAUUCCACACAAAUGAAAACUGGUCUAUUCGUUGGUCUAUUCGCCAUUUGCACAUCUCCCGUAAUACAGCUUGUUUGACCCCAAAAAUUUACAUAAGCAUUGUCUUCAAUUUCUCUUGGGGCGACUGCAAUACCCAGAAAUUUAAAAUAAAAGUUAUGCUUUUUUGGGGUGGAGGGGGGGAGGAAGGGGGGGUGGGGGCUCUUAAUAGUCGUUAGGUACUGAAGUUGAGAAUUAAAUUUGCAUAUUAGUUAGGUAUUUGUAGUUAUGAAAAAAAGUUCCGUAUUGUAAUAAAUAUUACUCAAAUAAGAAUACAAUUUACAUAGAAAUUAAAAUUUGUUAUAAUGAUUAAAGUAUACGUAGUAAUUACAAAGUAGUUAAGCAUUUGUAUACAUCAAAGAAUUGUGUAGUGUUUGUUUAAGAUAGUUUUUGGAUUUACGUAGAACUGUAGAUAGAUCGGUUUUUAUUUAUGUGUGAAGUGUCUGAUAAAGCAUUCAUAGUUUUAAAAAUUACGCUUUUCAAAGAAAAUUAGUUUUAAGUUACUCCGGAUAAUCACAAACGACGCGGACAAUUGAAGAAAUGAGACCCGGAAAUACGAUACAUAGCUGCUGCUCAGUCAUACGCGGGAAAAUAUGAACGAAGGAACGAAUGGUAUCCACUUUUUUCUGAUUGGUCGAGUGCUGGGCAGUUUUGAACCUAUCACAAGACGAACGUGCUCAAGGAAACAGGUAGGCGUUAACUGAAAAGUGUUCUGAGUCGUAGCGUCUAAAAAGUUUUUUUUUUGCAAUAUAUUUUCAUAAAUAUAGAGAGCAUAGUUUGUUAUAAGAAAUUACGUAAUUUUAUAUGUUACAGUCUACAUGUGUAAUUAACUUUUACGGUAUGUAGCAGAUAUGACACAUCAGUGUAAAACAUGAUUUUGCUGAUAGUGUAAUAGAAUGGAUAUACCUUUUUAAAACUAUUUUUAUUUAUUAUCUAACGUCCAUUAUGCUGUUUUAAAAUAUUUUGUAUAACUGACAACAGUGAAACGGCCCGUAAGCGAGCACAUUGAAUGCAUGUCUAGUUGACGAUAAUCGAUCUCAGAGGGCGAUCAGCGACCCACCUUCCCAACCCACCAGGCAUGACGCAGUGCGAUGCCUUCAAUACAGUCAUGUAAAUGUACCGCUCUCCACACUUCUUGAUAGCGAUUGGACAGCGACUAUUUUCACCCCUCCAUAUCGCAUUGUAUAUUCAUGUGUAUUGUAGGUAGUGAGAAUAUGAUACAAGUGAUAAGAGGGCAACUGACUCCCAGAGUUGCGGAAAUUUGACAGAGAUGUUUUCAUUAACGUGUUAACCGUUUUUAACAUAUUUUUUUAGAUCUUUUUAGGCACUAACUCGUUUGUAAAACAGGUUCCAACUAAAACAAUCUCACUCACUUUCGCUAUCAAGGUUUUAAAGGCAGAUUUUUUUGGUCCACACAUUAGACUUUUUUUUUUUCAAAAAUAACUCAAUCGUUAACAAACAGUGGGUCCACGCUGCCCCGGGGAAGUGACUCUCCUAUGAAUGUGAGGUGGGUGCUCGUCGGUAAAUUAGAAUUAGACUUCCAAGAGAUGACUUAUGUCCAGGAUUGAUCUUGUUAGCAAAAAUUUGCUAACAAGUUCUCUUCGCAAUUUUAGAAGAAAAGAUGAAAAGAAAACUGCUAUCAAAAAAGUAUAGAAGAAAGAGCAAGUUUCGCAAAAAUCGCAAAAGUAACGAGAAUUUUUCUUGCUAUAUGAAAAAUCGCAAAAGUAGAAAAGUUCAGAAGGGCUUCGUGGAGUCCGCAAAAAAAAUCCCAAAGGUAACGAGAAUUUUUCUUGCUAUGAGAAAGUUUGAGUGACAAAUAUGGCAAAAAUAGCAAGAAUAACAAAUUUAACAAAAUUCUACACUUAGAAAGAGAAAAGGUCAAGAAGGGCUUCGAGAAGUCCGCAAAGUUUUGCAAAAAUCGCAAAAGUAACAAGAAUUUUUCUUGCUAUGUUAAAAGACUGAGCAACAAAUAUGGCAAAAAUAGCAAAAACAACAAAUUUAACAAAAUUCUACCCUUCCUGGGCAUAUUUCUAUCCAAAGAUAACAUUUUAUUGCCUAUGACAGUGUCAUUACAUUCAUCGUGGAUUUAUACACCCCUGCAUUAUGAAAUACAGCAGUCGCACGACCCCUAUUGGAAUACCACUUGGAGGGCUUUUCCCCAGUGUCCUGUACAGCUUUCUCAAUUCUGAUUGGAUUGGGGCAGCAGAUAACAGUGGCCACGACUACAAGGACCCUCGCUUUAUAAUUGCAUAUUUUUAGUUUUGGCAGGCUUUAUCAUCAAUCGCUACGUAGACCUGUCACUUUGCAAGCUAAGAACAAACUACAGUGAAGGUUACUCCAUUCCGCAAGGCUAUUUAUUUGAAGUCAUAUCAUGCCCUACUUAUUUUGGUUCAAUGCUGGAACGGGAACAAAAUUCUCACAGGCAGCUAACCGAGUUGCAACAACGUGAACAAACUUUGCAGCGGCAGCUCAGAGAGGUUCAAGAACGGGAUCAGAACUCCCCUUGACAACUAACUUGAGUUGCAGCAACGCCAAGAAAAUUUCCAGAGUCAGUUAAGAGAGAUGCGGUAGGGAGAAGGGAAUUGACAAAAGCAGUUAACACAGCUUCAGGAACGGGAACAAAACUAUCAAAGGCAGCUAACGUCGUCGCAACAACGCGAAGAAAACUCUCAGAGGCAGCCGGAGUGAGGGAGAAGCAGCGGCAGCUGAGGGAGUUAAGACAAAGAAAAGAAAAUUCACAAAGGCAAUUAAGGGAGACAAGACAGCAGUUGACAAAUUGCCUUGGACAAGUUUCUGAACUACAGUUAAGUCUUUCAACAGCUCAGCAAACAAUAAGUCAGUUACGCAGCCUUGAAACACGUGACUGGGUUAUUCCCCGCGACGAAAUUCAAAUCACAGAUGAAUGCCUUGGGAGGGGAGGAUGGGGAAGUGUCAAUGAGGGAACGUAUUGUGGCUGUACUGUAGCAGUGAAAGAAAUCCACGAGUUGAUUCUCUCCCCUCAUAACAUACGUCGUUUUGAGAGGGAAAUGGAUAUUGCGUCCAAGUGCCGCCAUCCUCACUUACUACAGUUUAUCGGCGCCACCAUUGAUGAGGGAAGUCCUCUAUUUGUCACCGAGCUGAUGGAGAAAAGUCUGCGGGCUCUAUUGGAACAGCGACAACUCUCUGAAACGGAAAUACGCGUUAUUUCACUGGAUGUAGCACUUGCGCUGGACUAUCUUCAUCAGAAGAAACCAGAGCCCAUCAUUCACCGGAAUGUCAGCAGUGCUAAUGUUUUGCUUUGGCGACAAGGUGACCAAUGGAGAGCCAAAGUGUCAGAUUAUGGCACUGCUAAUUUCAUACAGCAGACCAUGACAGUGGCUCCUGGAGUUAUGAUUUACAGCGCACCUGAAGCACUUACAUCACACCAAACAGUCAAGGUAAGUAUAGGUGAAUAUUCAAGACUGUUUACUUACUAAAACUGUACAGCAAUGCUAACAGUGGCAGAAGUGAAAGUAACCCUUGCCCUUUCGCCCAAACUCGCCAUCUUGUCACUCCACAAACAAUACAACAUUUUUGAACUGAAAUGAGCAUAUCAUUGUCAGGAGUCUUUGUACCUUGUUCUGCACUUUUUUCACUCUUUUAUGUUCCAGCUUUUCAUGUAUUUUGUCCACGUAAUUGGAUUCGUUAAUUUAUCCCUUCUUUUCUCUAAAGACAACAGUUACAGGAUGGCAAAAGUUAGUAUUUUUAGGAACAAAACAAUAAAGCCAAGAACUGAUCAUGAUGCGUUUUAAGGAUCUUCUGUUUUCUAGUCUUUUCUUAUCCAUUUAUCGAUAAUCAUCUAUUUCGUAGUUUGAAUUCUCGAGAUUCUCCCUCUGGUGUUACUUUAACUCUUUUCGUAAUCAGUAUACCACUAAUAAGUAAUACAAAUAAAUAAUAUUCUGGCAUAAAGUCAUGUAUUAUUAUUGUUUUUAGGUUGAUGUCUACAGCUUUGGUGCUCUUCUUUGUGAAAUGUGCAUGCGGGAACUGCCAGAUCCUACAAGGCGAGAAGAUCAAGUUGUGCUUGUAACAAACGCUGUGUUUCGCGACCUGCUGCGGCGAUGCCUGCAGAGAGAGCCUGGGACGAGACCAACAAUGCAGGGAAUAAUCGAUGAACUGAAAGAUGCCAAUGUAUCAUCUUAA